AUGAUUGUUCUACUUUUCUCUUCUUCUCUUCGUUUGAUUCCACAAUUGCAGGGUAUGAUUUUUCUUUAUUUUGUUUACGUCGAUUAUCCAUUACCACCGCCUCUUCGUUCCACUCCUUAUGCUGUGGUUUCUCUGCUUGAUUCUUGUACGCAAGGUUUCAAAGUGUUGCUGAAUUACUCAAUUAAGCACCAUAAUCUCGAGAUUUCCUCCAAAUCGGUUCCCUCCAAAUCGCAAGAAACCAACAACGUUUUCCCUCCAUCAUCGAUUCUUAUAAAAGCACAGGCUUCAAACGAAUUCAAGGACGCCUGGUACAAGGCUUUUACAAGAAUUAUGCCUCCUAAGAAAGAUACCGAAGAAUGGAUAACCUGGAACAACGAAAAUACUGUAAAAUUUUGUGAGGUUUGUAUCGACUACAUUACAAAGAAUGGAUGUGGUCAACUCAUGAGAUGGCAAGAGACAGAAGAUCUUUUUAUAGAAAAGGUUGGGAAACAAUUUAACUUUAAAAGUUUAAAGAAUAAAUAUGAUAGCAUGAAGAAAGAUUGGCGCCUUUGGAAAAUUUUCAAAAAGGGAGAAACCGGUUUAGGUUGGAAUUUAACGACCGGAAAACUAGAUUGUUCACAUGAAUGGUGGGAUAGAAAGCUAAAGGAGAAACCUGAUGCAAAGAAGUACCAGAAGGGAGUUUAUCCAUUUCUUGAAGAAAAAUGGGAUCAUCUGUUUUGUGAUGCUGUGGCAACACGAGUAGGUUGUGUAGCUCCCUCAUUAAAUCUGGAGUCUGUCGAUAAAUCAAUUAAUGACAUAGAUGAGACUGAAAAUGAAAAUGUGGUUACCGGUAACCGUACAAUUUCUGAUGUUCCUAAACAAAAUAACAAAAGUACAAACACUAAAAAGGAUGAUGUAGGACCUCCUGAUAUUAAGCAGAUAAUGGAAAUCAUGAACCGAAUAGCUGCAAAUGAAGAUUUCCAGGUUAGCGGGGAUGUUUGGUGCCAUGCGAUGCUUAUGUUUCGGGAUACAAGUAAUAGAGAUAUAUUCUUCGAGAUGCCGAGUGAUGAUGCUAGAUUGGCUUGGUUGAAGUUUUCUCAUACGAGAAAUACAAUUUGA